AUCGCAGACACUCAGUAAGAUCUCUUUUCGUUACAGAGAAACUGAUCCGGCAACUACAUUUUCAGUAAAGUCCGACCGUUGUUUUCCUCAUCGCUGUGACUGAUUGUGGUUUUUUUUUUUAUUACUAUCAUUUUUUUUUUUUUUUAAUGUGCUGACUGAUGAAGUUUGGACGCGCAGAGCAGCUCUGAGUUGAAGAUGCAAACCUCAAAGAGUUUUCGGUUGGAUGAUUUUAUCGCAGGAUGGAUCGGAGGAGCCUCCAGUGUUGUUGUGGGCCAUCCACUGGACACAGUGAAGACGCGGCUCCAGGCGGGGAAAGGCUACAAGAACACUUUACACUGUGUCCUCACCAUCUACAGGAAGGAAACGGUCAUGGGGUUCUUUAAAGGCAUGUCUUUCCCGCUGGCCAGCAUCACCGUUUACAACUCUGUGGUGUUUGGUUUCUUCAGCAACGCACAGAGAUUCAUAAGCAAGUAUCGCUAUGGCGACGGGCGGCAUCCCUGUGGCAUGCUGGAUCUGACCGUGGCCAGCAUGCUGACUGGACUGGUGUCAGUGGGACUGGGAGCCCCGGUGGAUCUGGUCAAGAUCAGACUGCAAAUGCAGACGCAGACGGUUCUAGCAGAGAACUUACACCUUGCCGGCAAUGUAUCCAACGGCACCAACAUCCCUCUGCGCUCUGUCGACAUCCCCAACCAGAGACUCUACCGUGGCCCCAUCCACUGCAUCAGCAGCAUCCUGCAGACCGAGGGCCUCCAGGGCUUGUACAGGGGGGCCGGAGCCAUGAUCCUGAGGGACGUUCCAGGAUAUAUACUCUACUUCAUCCCUUACACCAUCUUCUGUGACCUGCUGAAGCCAGAUGCCACGUCCAGCCCUCAUCCGUGUUCCAUCUGGCUCGCUGGAGGACUGGCAGGGUCCAUUUCCUGGGUCACGGCCACACCGGCUGACGUGGUGAAGAGUCGAAUGCAGGCGGACGCUCAGCUGCAGAGGAAGUACAGGGGAAUCUUACACUGCAUCAUCCACAGUUACAAGACAGAGGGAGCACAGGUUUUCUUCCGUGGAACAUCAGUCAACGCCAUUCGAGGCUUCCCGAUGAGCGCCACCAUGUUCCUGACCUAUGAACUUUCUCUGAAGUUCUUCAGGGGUCUUUAGGAUCAGAAACGAUUUUGGUGGUAAAGGAACGACACUCAGUUUUUUGGCAAAUGAGCACACAGCAAACAAAUCCCAGUUUUACCAGCUGUGAGUCAGCAGCUCUUUUAACUGAUGUUAGCUUGUAUGUUGCACUGAACACACAGUAUAGUGUUGGCAUGCUUCACUGUAAAGUGAUCAAAUAUUUUCACUCAAAUAAUACGAAUUAGGACACCACAGUCAUCCAUGUGUUCCUGGGUAGAUCAUUUCCAUGAAGACCAGGAUCUAUCUGUGCUUAUAUAGCAUGUUGAGAUGUUGAGCUACUUCUUCCAAGUUUCAAAGCUAAAACUUUAGAUAGUUGACAGCAGGAACAAGAGAAGAUAUGUGUAAAUACAUACAGGGUUUGAGGCUGGACUCAAAUUAGGAACCUUCGUUAACGAUGGUUGCCCCUACAAAGCACUUUUUAUGCUAACAUGCUUCCAUAUGAUGUUUGGUAGCACUUAAACUUAACCAUGUACUGAGAGAUGGUUUGCUAACUUGCAUUAACUCAGAAGAGAGAAAACAGAAUAUCUAAUGUCAUUGCCUGAUUUUGUUGUCUUAGACAAUGAUAUUUAUUAUUCAUAUUGCUCUAUAUUUGAAUUGAUAAUGUAAGUAAAGCUACAUGUACAGAUGAUUUUAAAUGGUAGCCAAGUUCUGGAUGGAAACUAUGUGUGUGUUUUGUGAUUAGUAUAUCAACCAAAUUAGCUUUAAAGAAAAAAUGCAAUACAGUUUGCAACAUUAGGGUUUUUGCAAUAACUUACUAAAGUUGAAAUAUCGCAGGUCAGCUGUUAAAAAGAACUGCAAUAGAAGAACCCCUUUGAUAGUCAUGUCAUUGGAAAAGUGAGAGUAAAAUGUUUUCGUCAGCAUCUUUGUUGCUAGCUGCUAGCUUGAGCAUUAGCUGGUUGAAGUUGAAGACGCCUCUGUUGGUGCUGCCAGCAACAUAAGCAUGAUAAGCACGUGAUAAGCACGUGAUAAGUACGCAAAGACAAAUUCUAGAGAAAGUGGGUGCUCCUCUGCAGUUACAAGGAAGUGUUUGUUUGUGGAGAUUGAGGAUUGAUUCAUCGUUUGACUUUGGCUCUUUAAAAGUGGUUCUGAGAUGAAUUUACCAGGGAAAGUCGAUGAUUGGGGAAGUUGCGAGCAUCCUCGGGUUAGUUGUGUAGUUGCUAAAUAUUUCCUGAUGCAAAUGCAAAAAUAAAUAUAGCAUAGCACAAAGAUAAUGAAGCGAACUGGAGACACAUGGAUGAUUCUGGUGGAGCAGCGGAAUAUUUAUUUGGUUGAAAUUUGCCAAAGAACUUAGUGUGUUUUCUUCUUAAGGUGGUUUUGUGGAAAUGAGAUUAUGUUGUCAGUUUGGGAUCAGCAGAACUUAAGCUGGAGAACAGUCAUCUGCUCACACACCUGCAGGUUUUUCCUGUGAGACCAUUAUUCCCCUGUGUCAAUCUGUGAUAUAUUGCACAGUAAUACUUUUAUUACACAGUAUCACCCAAUAAGCACUGAUUUUGUAGGUCCAAAGAAGUCUAGACAUCUAAAUUAAAAAUUUGCCAAAAUCUGGUUGAAAAAUUACAGUUUUUCUAGACGUUUAGGUUAUCUAUAACUGUUGUGAUAACAUCAUCGCAACACACUGAAAUAUAGUAAUUUAAGUGCUUUGAAAACAACACUCACUUUUCAACUAAACUUGGCUCAGUUUUAAUCCAGCUUUCUGGACAUCAUUUGGCCUGCAAAUCAGUGCUUACUGGCCAAGAUUUUGUAGUCAUUUAUCAAGAAGAAGGGAGUGGUGCACUUUCAUCUGACAAAGAUGAAGAAAUACAAAUUCAUGCUGAAAACAGAGCUGAAUGCUUGUAUAGAGGAUGUGACAUUUUCAACACAACCGUGAGUUUAAAUUUAACAUUUUUGUGUCUUUUUUUUUUUUGCAGAUGUCUCAGUUUGCUUUCAGUGUUGGUUUGGCUGUUUCAGUUUAAUUUUAAUUCAAUUUCAGUUGUAGUUAAUUGUUUUAUUUUUGUACCAUGCACAUAAUCCAUAAUAUACAUUUUAAAUUAUUUUACAUAAUAAUUAGUGCAUUUACGCAUUUUCAUCUCAGUUUUGAAUAUUUUUGAUAGCUAUAAUGAGAUUCAAAACUAGUUAAGUUAGCAAUAAAAUAACUGCUCUUUAUGUUGUAUUGAACAGUACAGUGUAGUGCUGAAAAUGACACAUCCUUUUAUUCACAACGUGAAAUGUUGCCGCCUUCCACUGCACAUGAAUUGUAUGUGCAUCCCAUGUUACUGUCCACCUGUACAUAUGUUUGUGUGUUUCUUAUAUUAAGAAAAGUGAGUUUUACAAGUUAAUUUUAACUUCAUAUUAACAAAAGCUAAUUUUACCCAUGAUACCGUUCAAAUGCAUAAAUUCUGAACCGUUUCACUACAGUUAUAUUAUUGCUUUUUAAAGCUUGCAGCACAAAUAUAGAAUAUAAUAUCUCAAUAGUUAUAUGGCAUUUACACUAAUGAAAUUAAGUUUCAUUCUGAAAUUUUGAAAAACAUUUAUUCAGACAAACUCAUUACUUUCAUGGAAAUGAAGCAAAUUCGGAGGAAAACAAUCAAACUAGUCCUCAUGUCAAAUUCUUCCUGGAUCAAAAAGUCAUAUUUUUAAGACACAAUCAUUUUCUCUUUUUUUUUAAAAUAUCCAUUAAUUUGACCCUGCACAUCUUCCCAAAAUUGAUAUUUCUAAUUUUGAAAUGAAUACCUUUUGAAGAAAGUUGUCUGCCCUCAGAGUUUUAUAGCUAUAUUUUACAUAUUGUUUUCUUGUCAUGUAAAUACUUGUAAAUAUAUAAACUGCCAUUCCAGAUGGUGGAGAGCCAGAAGUGUCUUAUUGUACAUAAAUAAAGCUUUUAAUAAACACUUGAACAACC